AUGAACAUGCAGACAGACAAAGAGCUCUUCGACUUUCUGUCGAAUGCACCCAAGGAAUUUACCGAAAAUGAGAAGAUUAAGAAGUUUCAGCUGAAGAACGGGGACUUCAUACAUUGUGUAUUGUGGAACAUGCACUUCUAUAUUACAGGUACAGACAUUGUGAAAAUACUUGUGUGGCGAUUUCAAAAUGCAGGUCGGCAAAUCGUGUCGCUGAAAAAGUUUGAGGAAGGUGUUUUCAGUGACCUAAGAAAUCUCAAACCGGGUAUUGAUGCAACGUUAGAGGGUCCUCGUUCCGAUUUCCUCGAAUUUCUGUAUAAGAACGGAUGUAUACGCACCCAGAAAAAGCAAAAAGUGUUUUUCUGGUACUCGGUACCACACGAUGCACUCUUCUGCGAUGCGCUUGAAAGAGAUUUGAGGCGUGAGACCAACCUGUACGCGUAUUCUAAAUAUUACAACAAGCAGGCGUAUCCGCCCAUGCCCAACCAUUUUGCAAAGCAGUUCAACCCGUAUGUAGAGCAAAUGAACUGGCAGCACCAAAACUUUGCUAAUACACAUCCUGUUCCCCCUAAUGUCAAACCACACCCACCCAUUCAAAAACAGCCCCCCAGUAAUCCCCCACCACCGUUCUCUGAUAUAGAUUUUUCUCAAUGGGAAGAAAAAUACUUCGAUAGCCAGGUGCAAAUGCCGGAUUUCAGUGAAGAGAAAACGGAUGAAUUUGUUGAACCUGAUCUUAUAAUCCCUAAUAAGAAAGGAAAGACCGAAAAAUAACUUAAAGGGGAAUUAAACAGUUUUUGGAAAA